AUGGCCCCCAGGCGCUCCGAGCAAGGCUUCUUCAGUGCUGCCUACGAGCAGAUCACCUCACCCGAGCACACCACCAUCGUUCGAAGCAUCCUCGUUUUCGGCGCAGGUGUCGCUUUCCUCCACAGCAGCCUUUCCGAGCUCCUCCUCCCUCCUGCUUAA